GUGGGGGAGAGUUCCUGAGCAAGGACUUCUCAACUUGGCUGAAGAAGCAGGGCAUAAGGCACUCUCUCACCAUGCCCUACUCUCCUGCAAUGAACGGCAUUGCCGAGCGUGCGAAUCGGACACUCACGGAGACGGCUCGGGGACUUCUCAUUGAAGCCGGUCUACCCAAUUACUUUUGGCCGGAUGCGGUGCGGCAUGCUUGUGUGGCCAAGAACAGAGCCUUGACUCACGUGGGAGAAGACAAAUGGGUGCCCUAUGUGGAUGUUACAUUUCACUUGGUGUAGCCCCUUGGAGGUUUGGUUUCGAGACUCUUCAUGGUUGGGAACUCUGUGGUGGUGUACCACCAACCUAGACCUCGGCUCUUGGGGUAUGUAGAGGCUGGGAACCAUCUCCCUCUCGAACUCUUCUUGCUAAGUUUGUACUCCUAAGACUAUUGUGGCUGCUAUACCU